AUGUGGGGAGACAACGAGAAGCCGGAUCGGAUGCUGCUCGGCACGCAGUUCGGGGCGCGGCAUCUGCUUUCGCCGAUGGGUCAUCAUGGGCACCAUUCGCCGUUCUACGGUCCCAUGGGUCACUUGGGCGGCCGAGGCGCUGGCCCGAGCAGUCCCGCCGCCGCCGACCGAGCCCUUCUCUUCUGGAAAGGCGACACCACGCGCCGGAAACGUUUUGGUACGAGAUUUUGUGGAAGGAGCAAUGUUUGUAGGAAUUUGUACGAUUCCGGGUAUGGACUAUCGCUUAUUUUUUAUCAAUCUAUUUUCAAAUUACACGGUUAGGAGUUCAGAUGAAAAAAAAAACAUUUUUUAUUUUUAGUUUUCUUUUUUUUCGUUCGAUCGAUGACUUUUUGUUUCAAAGCAACUGCUUGUUCAGUAGUCGGAUUUAGAAGAAAUGAAGAACGGGAAAAUUGACCGAAACCAAACAUGAUUGCCGAUAUCGCAGCCGCUGGCGAUAUAGCCAAGGCUUCUUGCUGCGAUCUCGUCAAAGUCUCGCUGCCAUAUCGCUCCCUCUCAAAAAUUUGAAAUCAAAAAAAUUUUUUUUUGCUUUAUUUUUUUGACUUUUAUGAGGAAAGGGAUCAAAUUAAAGGAAAAAAAAUUUUCGAAGAAAACAAUAUUCAGAGAGGGAUAUAGCACAAGACGUUUGCGAAAUCGCAGCGAUAGGCGAGCGAUAUUGCUCUCGGCUCCCGCGCGGUAUAGCGUUACUCUCGCUGCGAUAUAGUCCACAAUAUUGGAUGGAUACACUCUCGAAGGGAAACAUUUCUUUUUUCAUGGUCAUUGUGUUUUGGACUUUCCACAAAGACCGUUCGGUCAGAAGUCAUUUUCUGACCGGUUGUGACUCUAGCGCAUGAAUUUAUUCCAAACAAUCUCUUCCUUUUUUAAGUUUUCGUUUUUUCUCAUAAAAAAAAGUUUUUGGAACAUGUAAAUAUGUACAGUAGCGGGAAUGGGUGAGUACUUUUUUUUGGUUUUUCGUUCAUGAAUUUUUUGAAAAUAAUUUUUUCUUUUGUUGUGAAAUUUCGAAAAUUUUGAAUACUCACCUAUUUACGCUACUGUACAUUAAAAGCCAAGAUAGUUUUUGACGUCAAGUGGAUUAAUAAAAAGUUUAAUAUUCUGCUUGAAGUUCGCUCAGUUUCAUAUUUAAGUCUCUAUAUUUCAGCUGAAAGGUAUGAAAAUAUUUACCUUUUUUUUUUCAUCGCUCCGGUAUUCAGGCCGACCAGAUUUUGCACGCGAAUGAUGUCAAAGAAAAACAAAUUGCACAUUCGAUCAACAAUUUGCUGAAGUGUGUAGUGGUUGUGGUCUUGUAUUGCGGAAAAUGA